AUUUACAAAAUACAUAGGCGCAGAUUAUAAAGUUUCCUUAUUAUAAUAAUGCCUCAUUAUAUCCCAUCUGGCUCCUCUCCAAGUCAUGUGACAUUAAAAUUCUUUUAUAAAGAUACAAUGAAACGUAAUAGUUUCAUCAUCCUAAUAUUACUCGUUCUCGCACACAUUUCACUUGGGUACGUUUGUGACCGCACCCCCAAAAAGGGCGAAAAAAUUCCAAAAACGAAUAACGGUAGAUAUGUGAUUGAAGUUGUAGGAAAUCCCUCGACGUACUCACCUGGACAAAUCUACACCAUUGUGCUAAAAUCACACCCACAAAACCCUAUCACAAAUUAUUUCACUGAGUUUAUGCUGGUGGUGGAACCACAAAGCCCGUCAGAAGCCCUUCAAGAUAUCUUAACGGGCGAACUAAAACCAGUUGAUCACUCCAUUGUAAAGUUUACUCCGAAAUGUCCGAGCGCAGUUAUACAAACAAAUACCCUAGCAAAAUCGGGAGUAGAGGUUUUAUGGACGGCUCCACCCUCUGGAAAUGGGUGUAUAUAUAUUAAAGCCACAGUGUUCGAAUCCGGGGAUAGCUGGUUCGCUGAUGACGGUGGAUUGACUAAGCUACUGUGCGAAGAAGAGGAAAACAGAGAUGUGCAACCCGAUGUUCUCGAACAAUGUUGCACUUGCAACGAAGCUAAGUAUGAAGUGGCUUUUCGAGGGUUAUGGACGAGAAAUACGCAUCCUACAGAUUAUCCCAUUAACAUGUGGGCAACCAAGUUGGGGGAAGUAAUUGGAGCUUCUCAUAAAAUUUCCUCUUCGUUUUGGAAUUAUAGUACUACUGCUAGUGACGGAUUAAAACUUCUAGCAGAAGACGGCGAAACUUCUCUUCUAGAAGACGAGCUUAAAGAACGUGUUAAAAAUGACGAUAUUCGUACUAUUAUCAAAGCCAGAGAACUGCCUUUUCCCAAUAUUACCGGAACGUCCUACACAGUGUUCAGAGUUGAUCAAGAGCAUCAUUUAAUUUCUCUAGUGUCUAAAAUUACCCCAUCACCAGACUGGAUUGUAGGUGUAGCUAAUUUAGAAUUAUGUACUGCUGAAUGUGACUGGAUAGAAUCACGUACCCUCAACCUCUAUCCAUGGGACAUUGGUACCGACGACGGCGUUUCUUACGAAUCCGCAGAUUCACCAACAUCGCCCCCCGAUGCUGUAAAGCUAAUCACUUCAGAUCUUGAAAAAUAUCCUUUUUAUAACAGUAAUGGCGACCCUAUCAAACCAAUUGCCGAACUUCGUAUCACCCGCCAGAAACUUUACGAGAAGGUUUGCAGUAAUAUGACUUCAGAGCCUGAACCAGAAGAUGAUCCCUGUCAGUUGAGUGAGUGGACUGAAUAUUCAACUUGCAGUGGCACAUGUGGUAAUUCGGUAAAAACUCGAGACCGUCAGCUACUCAAACCCGAAAAUGAAGAAGAAUGUACUAAAGAGGGUCCUUUAUUGCUUCAAGACACAAUCAAUUGCGAAGAAGAAUCAGAAUGCGAACUUACGAGGUGUGCAAAUGUUACUUGGUCUGAGUGGACUCCUUGUAAUAUAACUUGUGGCAGAGGCUUCAAAUCCAGGAGCGAAGUUUCUUCUGAAGAGAACAAUAAUGAACAAACUGAAGAAACUAGCCCUUGCGAAGAAACAGUUGAGUGUGAGAUGCCUGCCUGUGAGGAAGACACGGCAAGUACGGGUCGUUCUACGUUACUUACGGACAGUCAAGUUAUAAGUGAGGGUCCAUCGUAUAACCCAGUUGUUGAUUGUGAAGUUAGUCUGUGGUCAGACUGGGGACCUUGCAGUGCCACCGAACCGUGCACCAGAGGGUAUCAGUAUAAAGAACGCCACAUAAUAACUCAUCCUCUUAAUGGUGGAACCGCUUGUCCCAAAAGACUUCGAAAAGAAAAACGCUGUAAAGUUUCUUGUUCAAAAAAACACAAAGUGUCAACUUCAACUUCAUCAGAAGUUGACUGCCAACUGAGCGAGUGGUCAGGCUGGUCACCCUGUAGUAGUAAUUGUGGAACUUCGGCAGUUCAGAUUAGAACACGAACUGUGGUAGUUCCUCCUAGUAAUGGUGGCAAGGAGUGUGGGCCAAGACUUGAACAAAGAAAAUGUUCAUUGCCUUUUGGUUGUCACGACAGAGAAUGGUUGUUUAUAAAUAAGAAUUAGCGAAAAGUUUAUAAAAAUACGUUUGUACUACAUAGUUGGAAGAAAAUAUAUUUUGAAGGAAA